AGCCCCAACAACAACUACAGCUGCCCCAACAACGACCACAACAGCGGCCGCAACAACAACAACCACAACAGCUGCCCCAACAACCACAACAGCUGCCUCAACAACAACUACAGCUGCCCCAACAACGACCACAACAACUGCCCCAACAACCACAACAGCUGCCCCAACAACCACAACAGCUGCCGCAACAACAACCACAACAGCUGCCCCAACAACAACUGCACCUGCCCCAACAACAACCACAACAACCACAACAGCUGCCCCAUCAACAACCACAACAACUGCCCCAACAACAACAACCACAACAACUGCCCCAACAACAACAACCACAACAGCUGCCCCAACAACAACUACAGCGGCCCCAACAAAAACCACAACAACCACAACAGCUGCCCCAACAACAACAACAUCAACCGCAUCCCCAACAACAACUACAGCUGCCCCAACAACGACCACAACAGCGACCCCAACAACAACAACCACAACAGCUGCCCCAACAACCACAACAGCUGCCGCAACAACAACAACAGCUGCCCCAACAACAACAACCACAACAACUGCCCCAACAACAACCACAACAACUGCCCCAACAACAACAACAACCACAACAACCACAACAGCUGCCCCAACAACAACCACAACAACUGCCCCAACAACAACAACCACAACAACUGCCCCAACAACAACAACCACAACAGCUGCCCCAACAACAACAACAACAACAACCACAACAGCUGCCCCAACAACUACAACUGCAACCCCAACAACAACCACAACAGCUGCCCCAACAACAACCACAACAACUGCCCCAACAACAACAACCACAACUGCUGCACCAACAACUACAACUGCCCCCACAACAACAACUACAGCGGCCCCAACAACAACCACAACAACCACAACAGCUGCCCCAACUACAACCACAACAACUGCCCCAACAACAACAACCACAACUGCUGCCCCAACAACAACCACAACAGCUGCCCCAACAACAACAACCACAACUGCUGCACCAACAACUACAACUGCAACCCCAACAACAACCAC